GACACCCUGGAGAAAUGUGGCAAGUGUGGCGAGGUGGUCCGGGAGCACAUCAUCAGGGCCCUGGGCCAGGCCUUCCACCCCACCUGCUUCACGUGCGUGACCUGUGCCCGGUGCAUUGGGGAUGAGAGCUUUGCCCUGGACAGCCAGAACGAGGUGUACUGCCUGGAUGACUUCUAUAGGAAAUUCGCCCCCGUGUGCAGCAUCUGUGAGAAUCCCAUCAUCCCCCGGGAUGGGAAGGAUGCCUUCAAAAUCGAGUGCAUGGGAAGAAACUUCCACGAAAACUGCUACAGGUGCGAG